UGAGCAACAGACUAGUCGGACGAGUUUUCAGCUUUCCUUCCUUUGAGUCCAAGAUUUGACUUUAAAAAAGGAUUCAAAUCUACACUGAUCUCUCCUGCAAAUCUCACUCAUUGUUCCCAACGAAACUAUUGCCUUUUCUUAUAUAUAUAUUUUUCUAAUAAAUUCCCUCUCUGUUUCCAACAAUGGAACAGUCAGCAUCAAACCUCAAACUCUUUCACUUCUAGUGGUUUCACUUGGUCACUCCAACUAAAGCCCUUCAAUUUCAUAUCAUGCUCGUGUAAAUCGAAAAUGGGUUGUCUUGUUAUUGCUUCAGUUUGUUUCUGCUGAUUGGAAUGAGCUUGAGAAGUUGAUUUUCUUUUCUGUCUUACGUUUGUUUUCGUAGAACAAAUAUAUAAUUAGAAAAAUGAUAUCGGGAGGGAUGAAUUUGGUGAUGACAAUUAUAGGUUUCACAGCGAGUAUUAUGUUCAUAGUUUUUAUUUGUACACGUCUGAUUUGUGCUCGGAUUCAGCUCAGAGCUUCUCGGAGAUCCCUCGCAGUUUCUUCAAGAUCUGAUCUUAGUGUGCUCGAACGGGGUACACACGGUCUUGAGCCUGUUGUUGUUGCAAAUUUCCCGACGAAGAAUUUCUGUGAGGAGUGCUUCUCAGCUAACAAAGAUGCUCAGUGCACAGUUUGCCUUUCAGAAUACAGUUGGGAAGACACCUUGCGAAUCCUCCCCUACUGCGGGCACUCCUUCCAUGUAACAUGCAUCGAUAUAUGGCUACAACAGCAUUCCACAUGCCCUGUUUGCCGAGUAUCACUACGCGAAUUUCCCGAUAAGAAACGGUCGAUGCAACCAUUGUUCAGUUCUGCCAUUCGAUCGCAUUUCGCCAGAGAGUCUUUCGACACACACGCUUACAACUGUUUGUUGAGGGGGCAGGGUUUUCCAUUGAGAACCCACAACAACCCUGCAAUGGAACCGAUUCAAGGGAACUCUUAUGUAAGCGUGGGGAGAAAUGGAAACCCAGAAACAGGGGAAAACAUGUCCCGUACGAUUGAAGAUGAUGAAAACGCCAUUAAAGAGUCGAUAAAGAAGCUUGUGGAAUGCCCUUCAAACCCUUGAAUUAUCCUUGUUAGUUGAUUGUAAAGGUCUCCUGGUUGUGAAGUGGAUUAGUUUCCUUUGUUAUUUUUUUGGUGUAUUCUUGUAAA